UUAAAAGUAAAACAGAAGUUGGGGGAAUUGCAAUUUGGAAGACGAUCAAUUUUCAGUGCCUCUCUUUCUCUUUGAAUUUCUUGGCCAAGUCUUCGCGUAGCGCCGACAAGAUCUUUCUACUUUUUUCCUCCCAUUUUCCGGCCGCCGGAGACAGGAUCUCUUUGAAUAUAGUCGCCGGAAGUGAUAGUUGGGGUAAUGGGUCCGAGAUGCAGAUGGGGUUUGAUGAUGGGCGGUGCUCUUGUCGCCGUUUUUCUUGCGGUGGCUAUGACUUCCCGGACCGCUCCUAUGAUUUCGCUCUUUGGCCGCACCAAUAAGCCCUGUCGUUGUGGUGAUGAUACUCCCAAGUACAGUGGUAUGGUGGAGGGUUGUUGUUGUGAUUAUGAGACUGUAGAUCGACUAAAUGAGGAAGUUUUGUAUCCGUCCCUUCAAGAGCUUGUUAGAACUCCAUUCUUUCGCUAUUUCAAGGUUAAGUUGUGGUGUGAUUGUCCCUUCUGGCCUGACGAUGGUAUGUGCCGAUUGCGAGAUUGUAGUGUUUGUGAAUGCCCAGAUAAUGAGUUCCCUGAAUCUUUUAAAAAGCCCCGUAUCCUUUCAUCCGAGGCCUUUGUUUGUCAAGAGGGAAAGCCCCAAGCUACUGUGGAUCGUACGGUAGAUCGUAAAGCUUUCAAAGGGUGGACUGAAGUAGACAACCCCUGGACCAAUGAUGAUGAGACUGAUGAUGCUGAGAUGACAUAUGUAAACCUUCAACUGAACCCUGAACGCUACACCGGAUACACUGGUCCAUCUGCUAGAAGGAUUUGGGAUGCUGUCUAUUCAGAAAACUGCCCAAAAUAUCCAUCAGAAGAGUUAUGCCAGGAGGAAAGAAUAUUAUACAAAUUGAUAUCUGGUCUACAUUCCUCUAUUUCGAUCCACAUAGCUGCAGAUUAUCUGAUUGAUGAGUCUAAAAAUUUGUGGGGUCAAAAUCUUUCUUUGCUGUAUGAUCGUGUCCUGAGAUAUCCAGAUCGUGUAAGAAACUUGUACUUCACGUAUCUCUUCGUUCUCCGAGCUGUGACAAAAGCCACGGAGUAUCUAGAGCAUGCCGAAUACGAUACUGGUAACGUAAAUGAAGACCUGAAGACACAAUCCUUGAUGAAACAGCUGCUUUUCAAUUCUAAAUUACAAGCUGCUUGCCCACUUCCAUUUGAUGAAGCCAAGUUAUGGAAAGGUCAUAAAGGACCAAAAUUGAAGCAGCAAAUACAAAAACAAUUCAGAAACAUCAGCGCGCUGAUGGAUUGUGUCGGAUGUGAGAAAUGUCGACUUUGGGGGAAGCUUCAGGUUCUUGGGCUCGGUACUGCAUUGAAGAUCCUCUUCUCUGGUGAUGAUCAUCAAGAACACUCGAGUCUGGAUUUGCAAAGGAAUGAAGUAAUUGCCCUCAUGAACCUACUCAAUCGGCUAUCGGAAUCAGUCAAAUUCGUCCAUGAAGUCGGUCCAUCAGCUGAAACUACAAUGGAAGGACAAAUUGCUGCUCCCGUCACAGAAAGUUGCCCAUUUCAUAGAAUGUGGGCAUCCAUAUUCAAUAGCUAGCCCAAACAUUUAUUAUAGGUUAAAUCUUUGUAACUGAGGAAACUGUUAAAAUUAUGUACCAUACAGCCAUGAAUAACUAUAGCAGAGAGAGUUUUUUGUGAUCCCUA